AUGGGCGCGUGCGAGCAGUGCGUCAUCUUCACAGACCACCUGGCAAUCGCGUUGCGGCUGCGUCGCGGGCGGGGCCGGCGCGUCAGAGCCAAGAGAGCCCACGCGGACAUCUGCAGGCAUAAUUGGUUCUGCAUGGAGGGCCGCAAGGUCGACAUCCUGGCGAAGCAGACAGCGGAGCCGGACGCGAGCUGCGGCAAGGACCAGGCGAUCGAGGAGGCGAGCCACAAGGUGACGCGGGCGCUCCACAGCAUCGGCCGGCGGCACGAGCGGAUUGACGAUUGGGGCGACAUGCAGCCGAGGGCAGCGGAGAAGCGGCCCAAGCAAGCAGAG